AUUUUAAUUUCAAAAAUUUACUUCGAGAAAUAUAUUCGUAUCACUUGGUUGCGAUCGCGGUGUGCUACAAGUAUACUUUAUGAUUUCAUUUUGAAACGUGAAAUAGUAAAAUAAAUAUCGCAGAAUGAUUAUUAUGGAUAUAUAUGAGACGGCAAGUUGGUGGACGUUAGCUAUCGCUGUUCAGAUUGUUAUCGGAUCUAUAAUCUUAUGGCGCAAAAAAUUUAAAAAACCUGAAAUUAUUUUGACUCAAGAAAAAUUGUUGCAAUGGAAACCUUUGCCUUUAGUAGAUUAUGACAUUUCUGUGGAUGAACCUCCUAUGAUGGGUAAAAUUGAUGAGAAUUUGCUUAAUGUUGGGGCUACCAGCUUCCUGUGCCUGGAUAGGGAGCAGUCUAUCAUGGAUAGCGCUAUUACCUCAUUGCAUAAAUAUGGAGUUGGAUCCUGUGGCCCAAGAGGAUUUUAUGGUACAAUAGAUGUGCAUUUGGAACUGGAAAAAAGAUUGGCAAAGUUUUUGCAAAUAGAAGAGACUUGUGUUUACUCUUAUGGAUUUUCUACAAUAGCAAGUGCUAUUCCAGCUUAUGCUAAGAAGGGUGAUAUAAUUUUUGCGGAUGAAAAGGUGUGGUUUGCCAUUCAGCAAGGUUUUGAAGCUGCUCGUAGUACUGUCAAAUAUUUUAAGCACAACAACAUGGAUGACCUAGAAAGACUAUUACAAGAAGCAGCUGACAAGAAACAAUUAAAUCCAAAAAGGAGAGCAUUCCUUGUUGCUGAAGGGAUUUACUUCAACACAGGAGAGAUGUGCCCACUAAGACGGCUGGUUGAACUAGCUAGAAGAUUUAAGUUAAGGAUAAUAUUGGAUGAAAGCUUGACCAUCGGGGUUCUAGGUAAACACGGUCGUGGCCUGACAGAGUAUUUGAAUGUGCCUCGAGAUGAGAUCGACCUAAUUAUUGGCUCUCUCGAACAUUCGUUUGCAACCAUUGGUGGAUUCUGCGCUGGAACCCAUUUCAUUGUUGAACAUCAGAGGUUAUCUGGUUUAGGAUACUGCUUCAGUGCGUCACUCCCUCCAAUGCUGACGCAAGCGGCAAUAUCUGCUCUCGACAUUAUGGAAAAACAGCCCAGCAUUAUGGCCGAACUUGAUGAUAACUCAAGGAAACUUAAUAGAGCUUUGGAAAACCUUAAACACUACACAUUCCGCGGUUCGGACGUGUCGCCAAUAAAACAUAUUUAUCUCAAAGACAAUUUACCAGAUACUUUAAAGACGGGCUAUCUCCGAAACAUAACAAAUUACUGCCUCAACAGAGGAGUAGCGUUUACAGUGUCCGCGUAUCUGCGUGAGGUGGAAGUCAGUUGUCCAGAUCCAUCCAUUCGAUUGGCAUCGAGCAGGAAGUUGAAUGAUAAAAAUAUUGCCUUAAUUUGCUCCUUAUUAGAUGAGGCAUAUGAAAAGGUUGGGCCAAAAUCCGGAGAAAAACCAAUGAAGUAGGUAAAAACGCAUAUUAUAGUAAAUACGCUUACUAUUUUACACUAAUUUUGGAUGUAAACGUGAAAUUUUUAUAUUUAUUGGUCAACUUACAGGUGUUUACUACCACUGAAUUAUUGCUUUAAAAAAUCUAAAAUAGUAGAAAGAAUAAAAACAUAAUAAAGUUUAUUUACAAAUUCAAAUAUAAGUAAUAAUGAAGAUUAGAUUAAGAAAGAAAAUAAAUUCAUGAUCGACCCAGUUUAAAAUGCGUUGACCCAGUGAAAAAUAGUAAAUUUGUAGCAAUUAACCUUAAUAUGGCAACACUUUAAUGGCCUUAAAUCUUAUAUCAAUGUGUUAUCUGUAUUAGUCUUUCGCUGGAACUUGCACGCAAUGUUCAGUUAUGUCAUGUAAUAAAUUCGCGUAUAUAUAAA